ACCACGUGAGCGUGUCGAGAGUCAAAAAUAAAGGAAGGCGAUCGGGGAUUGUUUGUUUUGGUGGUUGUGCGAACAUGAUUUGUGUUGAUGGUCUUUGAUCGGUGAUCGAUAUGUGGUGUCAGAGGGUUUGGGUGAUUGUUGUUGCUGUGCUUUUGGCCGUGGACCUUCGUGUUUUGGAUGCGGGGAAAAAUAAACACUACAAUGGUAAACAAGCCCUGAAAUUUCUGAAGUCCCACCACCGAAUAGGCAACCACGUGCGCCGCAACGCCACCACCAACUCCGGACUAUGGCCGUCCGUCUUCAACCUGGCCACGAAGGCGAUGAUCGGCGUGAACGCGACUUGCGGCGAAACGGGACGCGAGGAGUUCUGUCGCAUGGUGGAGAACGGCAAGGGUCGGUGUGGGAUAUGCGACAACUUCAGCCCGGAUCCGGCGAAGAGGCACAGCAUCACCUACGCCAUCGACGGCACCAACAAGUGGUGGCAAAGUCCCGCUUUGUAUUACGGUGCCGGUUAUGAAUACGUCACCAUCGACAUCGAUUUAAAACAGAUUUAUCAGAUAGCCUACAUAAUAAUUAAGUCGGCGAAUUCACCGCGACCCGGAACUUGGAUUCUGGAACGGUCCCUGGAUGGAAUGGCGUUCCGGCCGUGGCAAUACUACGCGAGGAACGACAAGGAGUGCCUGGAGAGGUUUGGCGUGCCAGCCACCAAGGGGAAGCCGCACUAUUUCACUGACACCGAGGUCAUUUGCACCUCGUUCUAUUCCCGGCUAACUCCCAUCGAAAAUGGAGAGAUACACACGUCUUUGAUACAGGGACGACCGGGAGCGAACGAGUCGAGUCCGGAGCUUCUGGAGUUCACCAAGGCUCGCUACGUCAGGCUGAAGCUGAUGGGGCUGCGGGGCAACAUGGAACCGGUACCCAGGUGGUUCACGCAGGACAUAUGGAGGGACAAACGCCUGUUUUACUCCAUCAGGGACAUCAGCAUUGGGGGUCAGUGCGUGUGCAACGGACACGCAGAGAACUGUAGACACAAUGUUGCUUCUGGACAUCCGGAGUGCGAAUGCGGCCACCACACCUGCGGCCCUAAUUGCGAGAGAUGCUGCCCCAUGUACAACCAAAGACAAUGGGCACCGGGCACCUCGAGGGACGGUCACAAGUGUUUGCCCUGCAACUGUCACGGCCACGCCACCAGUUGCCACUACGACGAAGACGUCGACAAGUCCGGAUUGAGCCUGGAUGUGCACGGCAACUAUCAGGGCGGUGGUGUGUGCGAUAAUUGUACGAGUUUUACCACGGGCAUAAAUUGCGAGAAAUGCCUCCCCGGCUAUUACAGACCCGCAGGAACGGAAGCGGACGCUCCCAAUCCCUGUAUCGAGUGCGAUUGCGACCCGAGUGGCUCGACGGGGGUUUGUGCGCAGCACGGCGACGCAGCCGGCACUUGUACUUGUAAAACCGGAUAUGCGGGACCGAAGUGCGAUCGAUGCGCAGACGGAUUCCGAGGCUUUCCUACUUGCGAGCUGUGUCCUUGCGACCCCAAAGGAACGGUCGCCAUGGAGAGUUGCGAGGGAGAAUGUGUUUGUAAAGCUAACGUAGAGGGCAAAUUUUGCGAUCGCUGCAAACCAGGAUAUUUCGGACUGGACGAAACGAACCCCAACGGUUGCCUCAGUUGCUUUUGUUCCGGAGUCUCGACGCUUUGUGAGCCGGCCAUUAUCGAACAACGAAAAAUCGAAAAAGUAUUCAAAGACUGGUUGUUAACGGACUUGUCAGGGAAACACUUCAGGACACCAUUAGUUGACAAUGGCCAAGUGAUCGCCGUUGGCAACUACGAAAUACCUGGAAUCGAAUCUUUAUAUUGGCUCGCGCCUGAAGAGUUUUUAGGAAAUAAAUUGGAGGCAUACAACGCCAUUUUAAGGUUUACAGUACGUUGGGUUGUGAUGAGGGGAGACACCAGCGGAGAAGCAACAAUUGGGCCAAGUGUAGUUUUGGUUGGGACGAAUGAUGAUCGGAUUGCCUUUGGUGAUGACAUAUUUCGUUCGCCGAGUUCUAUGUCGUUCCAAGUGAAAUUAAAUGAGAAAGGGUGGUACCAUUUGCAACCCAAAAUCACCGACAUCACCACAAGGAACGAAUUUUUGGCAGUUUUAACAAGCGUCAAGAAGAUUUUGUUGAGAUCCACCUUUCACACCGAUCAGAUUGAAGCCUUGUUGGAGGAAACGAGUUUAAGCAUCGGUGAAAUAGUUGACGCCUACGGAUUUGGAAGCGUCGAAAAGUGCUCUUGUUCCUCAGGUUACACCGGCCUCUCGUGCGAAAAAUGCGCCUUCGGCUACGUGAGAAUCUUCGCCAACGACACGGACGGAACGGAACAAGGCUUUUGUGGCAAAUGCGAUUGCAACGGCCAUUCGGAAACCUGCAACGCCAACACGGGCGAGUGUUUCUGCCAGCACAACACCAUCGGCGAGAAAUGCGAACGUUGCGCCCCCGGCUACUAUGGGAAUCCCCUGCACGGCACCAAGGACGACUGCAAAAAAUGCGCCUGUCCUCUAGAGAACGAGGAGAACAACUUUUCGCCCAGCUGCCAGCUGGACUUUUUCGCCGAGGACGAGAAGGAGACGAGCAAUUACGUUUGCACCCAGUGCCCCAGGGGAUACACGGGGGAUCAUUGCGAGAUAUGCGACGACGGUUACUAUGGAAAUCCGAUGGAGACGGGCAACAGUUGUCAGGCCUGCGACUGCAACGGGGGACCGUGCGAUCGACGCACGGGCCAAUGCUUGAGCUGCAAAGGGAACACAGAAGGAUGGAAAUGCGAAAGAUGUAAACCGGAACACUACGGUGACCCCCAAACAUCGAACUGCAAAGCUUGCGAAUGCGACCCGACUGGUUCGUUAUCGAAACAAUGCGACAACACAACAGGACAAUGCCAGUGUAAAGAAAAAUUCGUGGGAAGAACCUGCGACAGGUGCGAGGCAGGAUACGGAAACGUCACCGGUCUUUGUCCGGAGUGCCAGUGCAACCCCAUCGGUUCCAAAUCGGAGAUUUGCGAUCCGCACACCGGAAUCUGCGAGUGUCACGCUGGGGUCGACGGCUUCCAUUGCGACACGUGCCAGAACAUGUUCUAUGGGUUUUCCAAGGAGGGGUGCCAACCUUGUGAGUGUGACAAGGAUGGUUCCCUCAUCUUGGCUUGCGAUCCAAACGGCAAGUGUAGAUGCAAGGAUAACUUUGCUGGAGAUAAGUGCGACCGUUGUAAAGACGAAUUUUGGAAGAAGAACUCUUCGUGCGAACCGUGCGAAUGCAACAGAUUCGGAUCAGUUGAUGCAACGUGCGACAAAAACGGAAACUGUCAUUGCAAAGAAGGAGUAACCGGCAAGAAGUGCGACAAAUGCGACACAGGCUAUUAUGAAACGAGCCACAAUACUUGUUUAAAAUGCGACCCAUGCCCUCUACCCGGACACAUCUGCGAUCCGCACAACGGCAGAUGCGUCUGUCCACCGAACACCGAAGGAGACGACUGCUCCCGCUGCAAACCCAACACCUGGGGAUACGAACCCGGCAUCGGUUGCAAGCCAUGCACGUGUUACAAAAAAGGUACGAACCAUCAAUGCGACAAAGACACAGGUGCCUGCACUUGCAAACACGGCUUCAUGGACGCCAACUGCUCCUCCUGCAUGAACGAGUUCCACAAAGACAACAUGGGCAACUGCGUACCGUGCAACUGCGAUUCCGUCGGUAGUACCCACAAAAAUUGCACGGACGCGGGCGUUUGUUUCUGCAAGGAAUACGUCACCGGUCCCAAGUGCAACAAGUGCAAACCGGCGACGUUCGGGCUUUAUAUGGGGAAGGAGGCGGGGUGCACGAAAUGUUUCUGUUUCGGAAGGAGCAAGACUUGCGAAGAUUCCAACUAUAAUUGGAUGAAGUUGGUGGAAAAGGGAACGCCAACAACUGAUUGUAGGCGUGGAAGUUAUUGUUUGAAGUUGCCUUUCGUCGGCGACCUCACAACAUCCUAUGGAGGAUAUUUGAGCAUAGAACCACAAGUUAAUUUCCGGGCUCGCAUAAAAAAUGCAAAACAUAUCGUAAUAGGAAACUACGAUAGAACGAGCACGGAAGUUAGAUUGGAUGAAGGAAAAUGGAGAAUCGAAGCGCCAAAUAAAAUUCUACCGAAAGAAUGUCACAAAACGUUAAACAGGGAUUGUUUGAUGGUCGUACUUCAAAACGUAACCGAAAUUAUAAUCGAACUGAGCGACAAAAGAGAAGUAACAAUGCAUUUGGAUAAAUCAGAUAUGUCGUACCCAGUCGCCAGUACCUACCACACUGUGGAAAAAUGCAAAUGUCCAGCAGAAUAUACGGGGCUGUCAUGUCAGGAUCCAAAUAAAGGAUACUUCAGAUCGUUCCCAACCAGUGCCUCCUACAUACCGAAGAUCAUAGGGGUGGCGAAAAGAUGCGAGUGCAGCGGCAAUUCCGACGACUGUGACCCCAACACAGGCCACUGCAAGGACUGUCGCAACAACACGUCCGGCGAACAUUGCGAGAACUGCGCCCCCGGCUACUACCGAGACAAAGAAGGAUCUGGCGCCUGUCUGGCCUGUCAAUGUCCUUCCGCCACUCAAAACAACGCCGUGAGUUGCGAAGAAACAGCCAGCGGAUACGUGUGCAAUUGCAAAGAAGGAUACAAACGGCCGAGGUGCGAAGAGUGCGAGGUGGGCUAUUACAAGAAGGGUACGAAAUGUGAACCUUGCGGCUGCAACAACGCAACGACGGCCAGAUGCAAUGAAAUGGGUGAAUGCGAGUGCAAGCCGGGAUUCGGAGGGCCGAAAUGUGAUGAGUGCGAAAGUUCGAGCCGUUCACCCAUCGAGAAGUUUUAUGUUAAGGACGGAGAAUGCAAACCCUGCGACCAAUGUACACAGCUCUUGUUCAAAGCACUGGAUGAAUUGGACAAAAAUGUUACAGCAACGUUUCACUUGUUUGAUGGUGGGAUUGGUCCUCCUUGGGAUGAACUCACGGAUAAAGUACAACAGUAUAAUUUACUUUCUGACAAAUAUGCAAAAUUGAAAGAAAGACUUGAGUCAUUGAUUAAAAACGCGGAUCUAGACUCCCUGGAAGAGUCCGUAGAUUAUAUAGGAACUGAAGUUGAUCAGUAUAAAAACGAACUUAAUACUGAUGUCGUGAAAAAACUUUAUGAACAAACUGAAACGUUGAAAAUUGAGAUUAACAAAGCGGAAAAAUCGAUAUUAAAAAUUAUCAGGGAUUUAAAACUGUUUAAUACUGAGGACGUGGAUGUUAAGGACGCGUUAAGAAAAGCGACCGACAUACUUAAGAAAAUUAAACAGAAGCACAAAGAAUUAACAAAAAUUAAAUAUGAACCGCAAUUGAAAAGAUGCAACGAAGUUAUUAAAGAAAUUGAUAAAAUUUAUGGAAACCCCAUAACCAACCCAAAUAAAUUAAUACCGGAAAUCCAUAAAUUAAUAGCCAAACUCAAAGAUCUAAAAAAAAUCAACGAAGACGUUAAUAAAUCAAUAAAUAUUGCCGAAGGAAAAAAUAUUGCCAACAAAAAUCGUUAUAAUGAAUUAAUGGAUGUUAUUUCAAAAAUGUAUAACAAAAGCACAACAGUUGAUAAAGAAUUAGACACCAAUUUGCAAAAGUUGUCCGCUUCCUCAAUAUUACUGGAACAAACCACUAAACUUUACGAAAGUCUAGUUUCAGUAAAUGACGCCUUGCAUGAAUCUACUGCGAGUUUAAGAAAAAGACGGACACCCAAUAAAAUUGACAUUGAUGAACUGAUUGGGGAUGUAGAAGAUCACGUGGAUAAUUUGAACAGCACAUUAGAAGAAUACAGAGAGUUGUUUAAUUUCACAACGGACGAAUGGAGGAAAAUUAACGCCAGCGUUGCUUACGGAGAGAUAGUAACUCAAAUAAAACAACUGAGGAAAAUUAGUUUGGAAACAAAGGACGAUUUAGAAAUGGCAUGGAACGUUUUAGCACCUGAUGGUGGUGAUUCAGUGGUUGUAACAGCGACACUAUCCAAAGCCCUCUCUGACAGAUUAAAACACAGAAUAAAAAACAUGAAGCAACUUACAAGCGAGUAUAAAAACGUCAGAAACGACGUGGAGAAGCUUAAAUACAACAUCAAGACCACAGGUAGAAAGAACAACGAUCUAAAUGCAAUACUAAAUGAAAUGGGACAUGUAAUAGGGAACAGAACAAAGAACACGUUGGAAGUUGUGAUCGGACGAAGCGAAAACAUUUCCGACCACAUCCACGGUAUAAUUGCGGGUGUGGCCAAUUUAAACCUCAGCUUUCAGUACUCUUUGAAGAAGGACUUUCAAAAAUAUUUAAAUCUGACGUCCAAAGAAGAAAUAGACAAGUUCAAGAAACAGAUAACGGAUUUUAUAGACGUUAAUUCAAAUGGUUCUCUUCUGGACGAGGUCAAUGAGAAAUUAAACGAACAUAAACUACACAACACAUCGUCCCAGUUCAGUCAACUGUCGCAGAGGAUCAAGGAUCUCCGCGGAUUAAUAAAAGAUGCGCAACACCUUUCUGAUGGCCUUCCCGUAUACUUGAAUUUAACAGAUUGUAGAAGAUCGUACGUUCCGACUAACGAGUUCUUCGGAAAGUUCGGCUUCACCUUUACCUGCGAAUCAUGUCCGUCACUUAUGAGCAUACAAAUUGGGGAGACUUCGUUUUUGAAUUUUUCUGCGACUAGUGGUAAAAUAAACAUUACUUUUAAAAGUAAAUCGAUCGACUUUGUGUAUUACCACAACUGUAGUAAUAUUCAGAUUAUAAGAAAUGGUCAAAAUCUCAAUAUUGUCCAUAACCAGAAGGAAGUCAAAACUAUUGAAGACGUUUUUGAGAUAAGCGACAAUAUACGCAACAUUACCGUGGGCUUUGACAAAUCUAUAAAUACAGGAACACUAUUCGCUAUGAAGUACAACAAAGAAACAGUAGGAUUGUGGAAUUUCAAGACUACUGACGGAUUUUGUGCUGGAGCUAAAGAAGAGUGUUCUUUAUCAACCAAUAAUACAAAAAUAGAAUUCUGGAAUGGACGAGGUUAUGGAAAAGGAGAAGUAACCAAAGGUGCAAUCACCAAGGUUAAAGAGAUAGCUUUGACAUUUGAAUUCAAGACAUUCGACGAAAACAGCCUUAUUUAUUACAGCGAACAUCAAGAAGACAAUCAGUGUAAAUACAUGGUACUAUAUUUGAAAGAUGGUCAGUUACACUACAGUGUAAAAAACAACGACACACCUGAAUUAGUAUUACCAACAAGAGUCAAUGAUGGACAACUACAUAAAGUGGAGAUACUUUCAAUAUAUAACAGUUCCGGUUUCGAUCGAUUUAUUUCUCUGAAACUUAAUGAAGAAACCCCCCUUUCUUUAGAACUGUCUCUGGAAGGAACCAAGAUAUACAGAUUUAAAGUGGCACAACAUUAUUUAGCAGGAUUGCCCGCGUCGUUCGUCAGUUGUAAUAAGUCGAUCGAAAUGCGAUCAUUUUUAGGUGUGCUGAAAGAAUCGUCGAGGAAAUUGGAAUUUUUAAGAAAUUACGGAAAACUUUCAAACGAAAAGUUUGAAUUCUCCAAAGCCUGGUUGAGGAAGUCGGGAAGUUUAGACCUCGAGUAUUCAAGUGUUAAAACGAAUAAUAUCAAUCAAUUGUCUUUCUAUUUGCGACCAUACAACAACGCUAACGGCUUAGUGAUGGACCUGGCUGGUGUCAAAAUAUCAUUAAGAGAUAAACUUAUUGUUGAAAGCAAUAAGAAACAAAUAACCCUAGAACCGAUACAAGAUGACGAAUACAAUUAUGUGACGUUGAAUUUCAAUGACAACAUAGUUUCACUUAAUGAUAUAGAUCAUGAAUUGCCCAUUAAACCUUCCAUCCCUUCUGAUUUGAAUAUCAAAUUUAUAACUAACGGUUUCACCGGUGGAUUUUACAAUUUACUUCUAAAUGGAAAUGAAAAAUUGUAUCUGAACGAAACCACUGUGAGAAACUUUAAGAAUGUAGACAUAGGACGGGAACUUCCAAAAAGGGAAAAGCGCAUCCGUCAAUCGCUGAGAAGCGGCCACCAUCAAAUGGACGCAAUGAUGAGUACCGAAACUUGCGCUUCGUUUACCGGAAACGUUCCGGAAAAAGCAGUUGCCAAUUUCGGCGACAAAACCAACAGCUACGUGAAAAUUAUGUCGGUUAAUUUGAAGAAGCAUUACAAAAUUUCUCUGCAGUUCAGGACGUUUUAUCCCGACGGAAUGCUUUUGUUUGCAGAGCCUAGUAAUAAUAGAAAAGGACAUUAUAUGUUACUGGAGUUGAGAGAUGGAAAGGUACAUUUCAAAAUAAAAAGUAAAAGGGAAAAGGUAAUUGUGGUCCCCAAUGUGGUAAACGAUGGGGAAUGGCACACGCUUACUAUUAAGAAGAAUCCAAAACUGACAAUAGUUUUGGAUAUGUACAAGCAAACUUCUAAAGUUCCCAACAUCAACAUACGGCCUCACAUGUAUUUGGGUGAUAUACCAAUUGGAUAUCCGGGUCAAAAUGUGGUACUACGUCCAUUCAGAGGUUGCAUAAAAAAUUUCAAAUACAACGACACCCAAGUUGACCUACUGGAUAACAAAAAUAGUAAGAAUAUUGGUGGCUGUUUCUCUAAGGUUGAGAGGGGCGCGUACUUCAGCGGAGACUCUUACGUUAUCUACAAGAGGGACUUUCAAGUAUCGAAAAUCCUCGACCUCAGGUUCGAAUUUAGGACGUCGGAACCCAACGGCAUCUUACUGAGUGUGUCAAAUCCGGGCAACAGUCCGGCGUUAUCCAUCGAAUUGCAGAACGGGGCGGUCGUGAUGGCGAUCGACAAGGGCAACGGAAAGACCAACAACGUGUCGAACAAUUUGAAUUCGGACGUCGCGUUGUGCAACAAUAAAUGGCACAACGUAACGGCCUCUUACUCCGGUUCCGAAUUGACCGUCAAUAUCGACGGCAUAGUCAAAACGUGGGUACAGUCCGACAGUAACACUGACGAAAUAAAUGCGCCGCUUUACAUAGGUGGAAUUGCUGAUAAUGCGCCUACGGGAACGUUGAAGGUGGUAGAGAACUUCAAGGGUUGCAUUCGGAAUAUCAUGGUUCGAAAUGAUAUCACAGAUUGGACGGACAUGGAGGAAAGGAAGAACGUGAUGUUGAAUUCUUGUCCAAUAGGCAAUUGAAUGUUAAUCGAGUCAAUGCACAAAACACUGCCAUAUUAUUAGUUCAAAGAUGUCAAGCGUAUUUUUUAAAUGUAAUUAGUAUUAUACCAGAAUGUAUUAAAGAAGUCGUCGCCAUAUAUAUGUGUAAAUAGUAUAUUUUGUACAUAUACAUUUAAAUAUUUUGUAAUAUGAUUGCAUGAUGAAUGUUACAUGACAAUUUCUUCCCAUAUGAAUGGGAUGAUAUGUUGUGUUGAAAUAAAGAAACUGUAUUUAUAGUUUGUAGUAAAUUGUACAUAAAUAAAUUAAGAAUUUAA